CUCUCAAAUAUAAAAUGAACCAAGAGAAAUACGCACUUCUUUCUCGUCCUACACAAAAUCAUAAUACAUUGAAUUCAUCAGAAAUUGAUAUAAGUCCUGAAACUCCACUUCUACCACAAAACCAGCGUCAUCAUGGUACUGGACCAGUUUUAAGUGAAAUAAAGAUACCAUCUUAUAUGACUCCAAUAGAUAAUGAUUUUGGUGAAUUCAAUGUAUUAUUAGAUGGUCACUUACAUACAAAAUUUUCUGAUGGUCGAAUGAACCCCGAGCAAUUAUUAAAAUGGGCAAUAGCUAAUGGAUAUAAUGCUAUAAUUGUAAGUGAUCACAAUAAUAUUGAAGAUGUUUCUCCAGAUUUUCCUUCAGAUGAAAGGUUAGAAGAAAUAAUAAAUCAUGUUCAUAAAUUAGGUGGUUUGGUAUCUGUAAAUCAUAUUCCAUGGAGUAACAGUACUGAAUGGGGACAAGUUGGAGAUCAUCCUUCAAGAGAGAAACUUCGAGAUAUGAUACUCGGAGUUGAUGGACUCGAAGUAGAUAUGAAUAAUUUCUAUGUGGAAAUUAAAAAUGGUAAUAUAGGGAGAAAUGAAAAUGAAGAAGAAAGGCAAGUCGAUUUAGUUGAUAUCUAG